CUUGAUCGAUCGUGACGAGGGGGAAGUAGGGAGAUCCUGCACGGCCAGACAUGGCCUGGCCAUCAUAUGCGUAGCAAUAUCAAACAAGUUCGGGGUUUUUCUUGUUGGAACCGUGGAUAGUGAAGGGCUUGACGGGCUGUAGUGGCUUUUCCAAGGGUAUAUUCUUAGGGGGCAUGAGCAACCUCCGCUGUGCAAGGCGUCGACUAGUUGCUGGUCUGGACUAUCGCUGAUAACUAGUUCGUUAUCACAACCGUAAGUAUGCCUGAAGUAGUUGGCGGAUCGUCCUAGUCAUCACAUAUCCGCAUCAUUCUGCUUUGCAACCCUCAGUUGUCUUCAUUCUGUUGCCUUUUUUUGGUCUUCAUCCUCGUCCUCAUUGUGUUUCUUCCUUUGGUGAAGUUACUAUGGAGUGAAAAAACCAUAUCACGUGACGCAAUGCUUUCAAACCUCCUGAUGUCGUUUCAACUUUUGAUAUCAACAAGGAAGCGCCAGGAAACCGAAGAAAUGCCGUUGACCAGCUAGCAGGGUUGGAUUCCACAUGUAAUGUCCAUUGAUAUCAACUGGGAGGCCGCCACCUCUGGACCCGACGGGGAAGAGCUUGCUGAACGAAUUCGAUGCUUCAUCCACGACAAAUUCCAGCAGAUAGCGCUCCCGCGAUUCAUCCGCUCCGUGGAGGUGAACUCGUUUGAUUUCGGGACGGUUUCACCAGAGCUGCAGGUCAGGGACAUAUGCGACCCGUUUAACGAUUUUUACGAAGAAGAUGAGGAUGUCGCAGACCUCUCGGACAGUUCUGAGGGCGAUGAACCUGUUCCUUCGAGCAUGAGCCUAAGCCAGUCAACGCUGAAGGGAGAUGCGGGUAGUCCUAGCAGCAGCAACGAUGAUGGCAGCGGGAAUUCGAAUGGCCGGUCGGGAUAUCUGCAGCGAAGACGUGGGUCCAGGGAAUAUUCCGGGGAGAUUCCACAGCCAUUAAUGUCGCCUAUCAAUUUGGGGGAGUCGUUUAACCCAUAUCUAUUCCCUCGAACGGGAACUCCCGGUAUACCAGGAGGAACGUCCCAUGUUGGGUAUUAUAAUAUGCCACGCGGAGGGCUUUCUGGGACCCAGACUCCACUGGCAUCUGUUGCAUCUGUGGCAAGGGGCGGGCCGUUAUCACUGGCGGAGGGAUGGCCACCUCCGGCUCGGCAAAGGGAGCGUGCCCGUAGCUCAGAUACAGAUGUGGAUUCACCUCAGUCUCGAUCACGGCCGUCCACGUCAAGCACGCGGCAAGUUACUCCUGUUGAAGGCGGCACACCCCGGGACCCCGCAGAGAUACCAGAGUCAGAGUCAAUUAUCACGGGCCAUCUGGAUAGUGCGCUGCCCGCGCGGCGUAUGAGAGAGCAGAAGCCCGAUGAUUUCCAGGUCCUUUGCCGAUUGCAGUAUUCUGGAAACAUGAGGUUAUCGAUAACAGCUCAGAUACUGCUUGAUUACCCCAUGCCCAGCUUUGUAGGGCUGCCGCUGAAGCUUAACAUUACUGGAUUUACAUUCGAUGGUGUUGCUGUCGUAGCGUACAUCCGGAAGAGGAUACAUGUUUGUUUUCUAUCGCCCGAGGAUGCAGAUACUUUACUUGGAGCAGACGACAAGAUGACUACUACUGAAGACUAUCAUGAGCAUCAUGGUCACCAUAGCCACCACUCUGGGAGUGCUAAUACGACUGGCUCACGGCGUUCCAAUGAGAGUCUCCUACGAGAGAUACGGGUUGAGAGUGAGAUUGGGCGCAAGGAGAGUGGGAAGCAAGUGCUGAAGAAUGUGGGGAAAGUAGAGAAGUUUGUCCUUGAGCAGGUUCGCCGGAUCUUCGAAGAGGAGUUUGUGUAUCCUAGUUUCUGGACAUUCCUUGUUUAG